CUCGUCAUCCACCAACUGUCAAUGUUGCUAACGUAUAAACAUUCACAUCUGUUCAACAAUAUCUGGGUGUCAAAAGGGUCUGAGAGACAACUGCAUGACUCAAUCUCUCACUCCCAUGGAUGACAAGGAUUCCACUGAGCAGGCUCGGCAAAUACUGUUUCAUGGGUAUCUUCAAAUAAUCUCACUCUCUAUUACCCCGUUGCCAUGCUACACAGGUCUGACUGCAGAUGAUGAACUACGUCUAUUCUGGAAUAAAUCGAAGACUCUGGGUUCUUAUUUAUUUUUCGCCAACCGAUACUUUGCUUUUUUCGGAAACAUAACUGUCACGAUCUUGGGAUUUACGACAUCAUCAAUAACGCUGCAAAAUUACGCGCUUUAUUGCCAAAUUCUGCUCGCUGCUAACCAAAUCGUCGUAUGCGCCCUGUUAACCAUGCGUAUUUAUGCACUGUAUGCAUGCAGCAUCAGAAUAUUAAUGUACAUGCUCGGGAGCGGAGUGAUACUCUUUGGAGUGUCUUGUUGGUCUCUAACCGACCAGAAAAGCGACCGAUGGGAGGAAUCCGGAUGUCAUAUCGAUUUGUCGCACAUAACGUGCAUUUGUGGUUCAUUUGUUUAGCCGGGAUAAUCACCGACUUUCUUUUCUCAUCAUAGAGUUAUCCGUGUCGCAUCUGCAUAAGGGGCACUUUUCAUCUACGACUCAAUGCUUUUCGCCCUCACCUUUUACA